AUGUCUGUCCCGUAUCCCAGAACCUCCGAUGAUGCCCCAAGGGUCGCUCGAGCUCAAGAACCCCCUGCCGGCCCCCACGACCAGCACGACCAGCACGCAGUUCACUUUGCUCCCACCGUCGAGGAGAUCUCCCCAGCUGUAGUCGAGAACAACCUCCCACCUGCAAUAGUAUCAGCUCCAAUCCAAGCUCCCGCACCAGGCCAGUUCGAUUUCUGUCGAGACUUUCCCAAGGAGCGCCGUCUUUCCCACUUCCAUUUCGAGCCCGUCUCCCUACCCGCAUCGAGAACGACAUCAGUCGAAGGCAGUCCCACCAAGGCACAUCAUGAGGAGAUGAUUUCCUCAGUAAACGCCGUCAACCGCCCUCAUCAAGCCAUGCAAUCCCCGCCGCUGACCCCGGCGGCCACUGCUGGCUACCCGGACUUUCCGGACAAACAACUAUCACCAAACUCCGAAAGGGUUCACGAGCUUCGCGAGCCCCAGAUGAUUACCCCGCAGCACUCGAGCUCUGUCGAAGAGCCUCCCCGUCAAUCUAACGAGAGAAUGGUGACGAUUCGGCCCAAACCCCAACCUCGUCAAAGCUACGGAUCGCAUCCAAGUGGUGACACUUCUGAGGACCACAAGGCGCACCGAAAGGGAAUCUUCUCUCUCGGAGGUGACGCGGCCGGUGGUCUCGCCUCAGCCUCCCGAGAUGUCAGCCCGUCAAGGGCAUCCGAGCUCUAUUCCCGGCCCGUUACCCCAUCGGCGGGCGAGGUGGAUGGUCCCUAUGCGGCGAAAAACCGGAGGCCGCAGGCCCAACAUGCGUCUAAACGGUCUGUGAGCCCCAGGUUCCGAUUCAAGGAUAGGACCGAGUCGCGCAGCGCUAGCUCCUGCUCUCAUGCCCACCACGGCUCGGAGAAGAGGCAGCACGGGCCUGCUCGUUCCUCUCUUAAAGCGCCCGGAGACGAUGCAACUCGUACUGACACUACCAGAUCCUUUGGGAAGGACGGCAAAACGGGAUCCUUUGCCACUCUCAAGCGAUUCUUCAAGCGAGCUGUUUCCGGCGAGUCCAACAAGCGCGCAACGUCUCCUACUGCCCGUAGUAGUAAGAAGGCUGGCAGGAAAUCUCCGUCUCCACUGGGCGGUGAGACUGCGCCCUUCUCCGACGACCAUCUCCUCGAGUCCAAAUACGGCAAGAUUGAUCGUGUCCUGGGAUCGGGCGCCGGAGGCAGCGUAAUGCUGAUGAAGCGCGAUGACGGUAGGGCAUUCGCCGUCAAGGAGUUCCGCCAGAGGCAGGCGCGAGAAUCGAAGCGACGCUACACCAAGAAGAUCACGGCGGAGUUCUGCGUCGCCUCAGCUCUUCAUCACAGCAACAUCAUCGAGACCAUGGAUAUUGUCGAGGUCCGCGACCGAUGGUUCCAGGUCAUGGAGUUUGCGCCCUACGACCUCUUUUCCAUUGUCAUGUCGGGCAAGAUGUCGCGUGAGGAGGUUACCUGCUGCUGGCUGCAACUACUGAGUGGCGUAACGUAUCUUCACAGCUGCGGCGUCGCUCAUCGUGACCUGAAGCUUGACAAUGUGGUGGUUACGAACGGCGGUAUUAUGAAAAUUAUUGAUUUCGGUAGCGCCCACGUCUUCCAGUAUCCCCACGAGACUGCCAUUCACUAUGCGGAAGGCGUUGUCGGCUCUGACCCUUACAUGGCCCCCGAGGUCUAUGACCCCCACACCAAGGCCUACGAUCCCCGAUUAAGCGAUAUCUGGUCUCUCGGCAUUAUUUUCUGCUGCAUGACGCUUAAGCGCUUCCCCUGGAGGAUUCCGGCCGUGACCCAGGACAAGUCUUUCAGACUCUUCGCCUCUGCGCCGUCAGCCGGACACGAUCCUAAGCACCUUCUCCUCGAAUCCAAAUCGGCUGUCAGCCUCAGCAAGCUCAAACUCAGCUCUCCCGAUUCUAACCCUGCCAGUCCUGAUAGUCAAGAUCGUGGCGGAAGGGAAAGGGAGGGCGGUGGUGCCAACGGUGAGGCGAAGCAGAGAUCUCAGUCCCAAGGCGCCGAGGCGACGGAGAGGAGAGAGAUUAUUUCGGGACCCUGGAGGAUCUUGCGGCAGCUCCCUCGGGAGAGCCGGAACAUUAUUUGGCGCAUGCUCGAGGUCGACCCUAAAAAGCGCGCUAAGAUGGAAGAGAUUAUCCGCGACCCGUGGGUUGCCGAUACCGUCAUCUGCCGAGAGACCCCGUUGGGCCAGGUCAUCCAGGCACCCGGCCAUAAGCACACGUUGAUUGUGGCAGCCCCGCCCUCUAACGGUCAAGAUGCGGCAAAGAAGAAUGCAGUCUAG